AUGUCCUUGCAAACUAUGGGUGUAAAUAUGAGGAAACUGUAUAUCGACAAGCUGAAACUCGUAAAUCCUAUAAUCGAUUCACGACACUACAAGGAUAUUUAUCUUCGAUCAACUGAUUACGCACGAACCCUGGAAUCUCUACAAUAUUUAUUGAAUGGUCUAUACCCACAAGACAAACGAGAGGGCGAUAUUGAUCUCAAAGUGAAUAUGAGAUCGGAUGAGAACAUGUAUCCAAUGUACGACUGUCGGUAUCUCUCGAAACUGACUAGAGACUUCAGGACCAAACUGAUGCUCGGUGAUGCCAAAGAAAUUGACAAGCUCUUGUCGAGAUUCGAGCGUUUUGGAUCUCCAGAUGAUUCAAAGCACGUUGAUUUACGAUACCUUCAUUCGCUUUACGACACUUUCAUUUGCAUGGAUGCCCACGGCGUUCCACUUCCACCAGGUGUAUCGCAGAAAGAUAUGCUUGAUUUGGAACAGAUGACUGUUAAAUAUUGGUGGAACGUUUUUGAGCAGCCAGAUAUUGCGAGACUGUCGAUUGGGCGAUUAGUCAAGGAUUUGAAGGACAAGAUUGACGACAACGUGCAGAACAAUAAGGAUUCUGUGAAGCUGGCAGUCUUUUCUGGGCACGAUUCUACAGUUGGACCCCUGCUUUCGGCGUUUAGAGUUUUUGAUGGACGAUACCCACCAUUCUCUUGCAUGAUGACUCUGGAGCUCUUUGCAGAAGAAAAGAAGAAAACACAAGAACAUUUCGUCCGGGUGUUAUACCAAGGACAACCACAAAAAAUACCACAGUGUCAAACUUCUGGCAAUCACCAUAGCAAUGGUGAUACAUCUCUAUGUACCCUUGAAGCAUUCAACAAGGUCAUGAAUGAUAUGAUACCACAGGAUUACGAGAAGGAGUGCGAGUCAUUCACGUUCUCGUAA